UAAGCAUUAACACUGUAGUUUUCUCUGCACUCUCUGUUAAUCAGAGUGUGUGUACUGCGUGUUUCUUCGUUAUUAUCGCAAUGGCGAACGAUGCGGAUACGAGUGGUUGGACCGAUCUUCUGCAUUCAUCUUCGAAUCAGUUUCCGCCGCUUCAGAGCAAUUGGGAUCAGUUGGAGGCUCUGUCGAAGAAGCUCAAGGCAAUAACCCUGCGAGCCGGAGCUCCUUCCCAAUCUAUUGCGGCGAAUAGGCUACUUGCUCGAGAGGGGCUAAAUGCAGAGCAGCUUGCUCGUGAUCUCAAGUCCUUUGAGUUGAAGACAACAUUCGAAGAUGUCUUUCCAGCGGAUGCGACGACAGCACGUGGUAAACUGGAUGGCGAAAGCACGAUUACUGGGCGUAUACAGUCUGGAAAUGAGAUCGAGACAUUCAAAUACUUCCCAGAUAUCAGUGAUAGUGAUUCUGAGGGUUUUGUCGAUGACUCAGUUGAUGAUGAAAUAUGCUAUGGCUCUGGUGACAUCCCCAAGUUGCAAUUUAGGAAAGAGGCAUCGAAGGCACGGUGGAUCGAAGAGCUGAACAUGGCUGAAGUGCUGGAGAAAAAGGGUAAAAUGUGGACCACGACUGGGAUAGUUCGUGAUGGAAAGACAUAUUGCUCCCUCGAAGAAACUUUGUAUUUGGCUGAAAUUGGUGCAUUGGAUAUCGUUAACAGUGAUGAUACACCUCUUCCCCUAAGCGACAUGUAUGCAAAGUUAGCAGAAGACAAGAAUAGACAUGGAUGCUCUUGGGAUUCUUUUGAAGUUUAUCGGCACUUGAAGUUUCUAGGUUACAUUGUUGGCCGCCAUGGCGUCCCUUGGUCUAUGAAGAAUGGUAAAAUCAAAAUCGACGCUCAAGAUGGAAUGACAGAGUUUCGUGGUAUUAGAGAUAGGGGAUCAUUAGACAACAGCUUCAUCACAGAGAUGUUUGGUAACAUGCAUCUCGGUGAAACCAGACCAAUGUUUGAUGUUUAUCCUCCUAAUAGCAAGUUUAGAAAGUCUUCUCCAGGCAAUUUGGCCUUUGUUCUCUGCCGUACCAGUGGCUACCCACCGUCCGAGAAAGAGAUUAAGGACAUUGAGACACAUUGCAGUGGACGUCCUAUAAAAUUCUGUACUGUCGAGCAUGGGCGUGUCAGUUUCUUGUCGUUCUCCAAAGUGGAGCUUCCGGUUCUUCCGUGACCUUUUUGCUUGAAAUGAUAUUAAAUAUGUUUGCCUCAGUUGAUGAAUACAACAAUACUUGUAAGUACGCUUACUAGCUUCCAUACGACUUUGAUUUGAAUGGAAACCAUUAUUCUGGA